CAUUCUCAGUCUGGAAAACGUGAACGUGAACCAUCUGCAGACAUGAGGAAUAUUUACGCUUUUGCCCUGCUGCUCAUUGCAGCCAUUGCAAGCACCACCAGCGGUGCCAGCGUUCCCGGCCAGGGCCAACUCCUGUGUCGAAACAAGGCCAACGGCAUUCGGGCCCUGGUGCCCGGCAGUUGCUCCAGGUUCUAUGAGUGCCACAACGGCAUUGUCACGGAAUACUCCUGUCCCAACUUCUAUGACUUCAAGACCCGCAGCUGCGUGACUUAUAACCCUGGAUGUACCGAAGGCCUUGUGGUGGAGCCAGUGGCUCAGCAUUACGCCCGCGAUACUGCUAAGCCGUGCAAUGGGGCCACUACCACUGCGCCACCUUGUGAAACUACAACCAAGCUUCCGUGCUCAGACAUCUACUCUACCUCGACCACGACUUCCACGACAACGACAACCACCUGUGCCCCAACAACAACCACGACAACCACAACCACGACUACUUGUGCCCCAACGACCACUACCACAACGACCACAACGACAACCACAACAACAUGUGCCCCAACCACUACCACAACUACAACAACAUGUUCUCCAACAACAACCACCACCACAACCACUGCGGCACCAACUACAACCACAACAACAUGUGCCCCUACAACUACAACAACCACCACGACGACAACGACAACUACAACGACUUGCUCGACAACAACCACAACGACAACGACUUGCUCGUCAACAACCACAACAACAACGACUUGCUCCACAACUACAACCACAACAACAUGUGCCCCUACAACAACAACAACCACCACAACGACAACGACUUGCUCGACAACAACCACGACGACAACGACUUGCUCGUCAACAACCACAACAACAACGACUUGCUCCACAACUACAACCACAACAACAUGUGCCCCUACAACAACAACAACCACCACAACGACUUGCUCGACAACAACCACAACGACAACGACUUGCUCGUCAACAACCACAACAACAACGACUUGCUCCCCUACAACAACAACAACAACCACCACAACGACAACUACAACGACUUGCUCAACAACAACUACAACGACAACGACAUGCUCGACAACAACCACAACGACAACGACUUGCUCGUCAACAACCACAACAACAACGACUUGCUCCACAACAACCACCACUGCGGCACCAACUACAACCACAACAACAACGACUUGCUCCACAACAACCACCACUGCGGCACCAACUACAACCACAACAACAUGUGCCCCUACAACAACAACAACCACCACAACGACAACGACUUGCUCGACAACAACCACAACGACAACGACUUGCUCGUCAACAACCACAACAACAACGACUUGCUCCACAACUACAACCACAACAACAUGUGCCCCUACAACAACAACAACCACCACAACGACUUGCUCGACAACAACCACAACGACAACGACAUGCUCGUCAACAACCACAACAACAACAACUUGCUCCACAACAACAACCACUGCGGCACCAACUACAACCACAACAACAUGUGGCCCUACAACAACAACAACCACCACAACGACUUGCUCGACAACAACCACAACGACAACGACUUGCUCGUCAACAACCACAACAACAACGACUUGCUCCACAACUACAACCACAACAACAUGUGCCCCUACAACAACAACAACCACCACAACGACUUGCUCGACAACAACCACAACGACAACGACUUGCUCGUCAACAACCACAACAACAACGACUUGCUCCACAACAACAACCACUGCGGCACCAACUACAACCACAACAACAUGUGCCCCUACAACAACAACAACCACCACAACGACUUGCUCGACAACAACCACAACGACAACGACUUGCUCGUCAACAACCACAACAACAACGACUUGCUCCACAACAACAACCACUGCGGCACCAACUACAACCACAACAACAUGUGCCCCUACAACAACAACAACCACCACAACGACUUGCUCGACAACAACCACAACGACAACGACUUGCUCGUCAACAACCACAACAACAACGACUUGCUCCACAACAACAACCACUGCGGCACCAACUACAACCACAACAACAUGUGCCCCUACAACAACAACAACCACCACAACGACUUGCUCGACAACAACCACAACGACAACGACUUGCUCGUCAACAACCACAACAACAACGACUUGCUCGUCAACAACAACGACUUGCUCCACAACAACAACCACAGCUUGCGCUGAUGUGACAACGACUACCGCAUGUGCUGAUGCCACAACAACCACCGCAUGUGCUGAUGCGACAACAACUGCCUGCCCGACAGCCUCAAAGGCGGUAGCUGCCGCCCACUCGAAACGUAAUCCCGUCCGCCGGAACCCCGUGCACCGUCUCCUCUGGGAAGUGGCCCAACUGGCGGGCAUUUCGUCCACUAGACCCGAGGUUCAGCUUAAGGUCUCAUGUGCCGGCAAACCCGAUGGAUUCCUGAUGGCUUCGCCCGAGCGGUGUAACGACUAUUACAUAUGCCGCCACCAGCGUGCCCUGAAGGUCAGCUGCGGUGACAGAUACUUCAAUGGACUGAAGGGCAUCUGCGAUCUCCCUGAAAACACCAGCUGUGUUCAGGCGUAAGUGAUAGCUAAACCAAAUGCUGGGACCAAAAACAACAUGGAAAUGUGACAACUAACUAUGGAUCGAAAUUUGAAAUAUUUAUAACAGCACUAUUUGAACAUGCACUUAUAAAACAGCAAAGGCUUCUAAAAGGCUAUUGACAAAAAAAAUACG